AUGGCUUAUGCUAGAAGUGAUACAAGUCCCCUUCGAAAUGCCAUUUUGCGCUUGUGGACUCCUGCAGUUGGUGCAAGGUCACUCGACGAGCUACGGGACCGACACAUAAAUAAAGUCAUGACUUCACCUGGUAAUCCCCUUGAUGCCAUGCGAUUACUCGACAAUAUGCCAUUUACUAUGCACGAAACAAUCGAGAUAUAUUCUGACAACCAACCACUUUUCGAAAUCGGCGAGGUGAUAAUCUCAGGAAGUUGGAGUGAAGGGUUGUAUUUUUACGGUCACUCAAACACAUCAAUCCCAGAUCUGGAUUACAUGCUUGUCCUGAAAAACAUUUCAUUCUCGGAAGAAGAUCAAAGGUCUGGUUACUUGACAUUAAAAGAAGACACGCCAUUUAUUUACGCUUACAUGACAGACGAAAACACUGCAGAAAUAUGGAAGGACUUUUUGGUCGAUCAUGAGGAUACACCAAGCAAGCGAUUAUCGUCAAAGAAACUGAAAGAAAGACUAAAGGAGAACAAACUGCAGUUCUUACCUUUUAGAUACAGGGGCGAUAAUUCGAAUAGCGUUGGAGAAGGUGCGGCCAUUUACUCGAGUAGAUGUGACUUUGGCCUUACUCGUUUUAACGAAGCAUUUAACUAUUUAAUUUUUCAAUUAGGCGAAUCUUCAAAGAUAGGAAAUGGAGUGUGUAGAUGUAAGAAUCUUUUAAACGACUUUUAUAAGCUUUUCACAGGUUGUGAUAUUGUAUUGGCCAUAUCAUGCGAUGGUUGGCCGUCUUGUGCGAGAGAAUGGAUAACACGGCAUCGAAAUUGGCCAGAAGAUAAUUUGAUACAAGAAAUAACUCACGAUGGUUUUCAUAUUGUUCCCAAGAGUUCAACAGAUGGAAAUUUUCGCUUGUCAUUUUCAUAUGCUGAAACAACGCUGAUUGAAAAUUUGACUGAGUGCAGCAUAAAAUUCUUCGUUCUUUCAAAGCUGUAGUGAAAUAUCAUCAAAAUACUUGGAGUCCAAAUAUCAAAGAAAUUAUCACAACAUACCACCUGAAAACAAUUGCAUUUUGGUAUUUCGAGAAAAGAACACAAGAUUCUUUUACUGAGGAAACUGUGGCAACUCAUCUUAUUUUAUUGCUUCAGGAGCUGGCAGAGGCUUUAAGGAAUCGCGAACUUCCAAUGUAUUUUAUGCCGAAGGUCAAUCUCUUUGGGAAUGUUGAAAAUCCUGAAGAAGCGAUCGAGAUUGCGGAAAAGAUCGAACAACUUUCGCUCGAUUUUCUUCUUGUAAUAAAAGGUUUGGAGAACAUAACUUCUGAAUGCACACAGCUUUUUUGUAUUUUUCACAACAUUAAGAAAUGGCAGUUAGAUCAUCCAUACAUUGGUGGUGAUCGAGCGCAUCCUCCACCGCAUGAUCACAAAACAAUUUCUUCGAAAAUUUUGAUGGGGUGA